AUGCGGAAGUCUUCGCCUGGUCUUAUCCGACAUCCCGGAUAUCACCCGACGUCAUCACCCACAAGCUCAGCAUCUCCCCCGCCCACAAACCAGUCAGGCAAAAGCGCCGAUCGUACGAUGCCGAACGGUACGAGGCGAUGCGAGCCGAAGUUGACAAGCUCAAAGCCAUCGGCUUUAUCAGGGAAGCUACGUACCCUGUUUGGCUGGCCAACUCAGUCAUGGUUCGGAAGCCAGGGGAGGAUGGCGAAUGUGUCAGGACUAUACCGACCUAAUAAGGCUUGUCCGAAGGACAGUUUCCCCUUACCGAGGAUCGACCAGCUCGUCGAUGCCACCGCCGGGCACGAGCUGCUCAGCUUCAUGGACGCGUAUUCAGGAUACAACCAGAUCUUCAUGGACCCUGCCGAUAGAGAACAUACGGCAUUCAUCACGGAUCGCGGUUUGUACUGUUACAAUGUCAUGCCCUUCGGCCUGAAGAACGCGGGGGCAACUUACCAACGGCUCGUCAACCGGAUUUUUGCUAAAUACAUCGGCGGCAUCAUGGAGGUAUAUGUCGACGACAUGUUGGUAAAGAGCCGAACGGCAGGGGAUCACCUGGAAAACUUGGCCCUCAUGUUCGGUAUUCUAAAGGACUACCGAAUGAGGGCUGAACCCGGCGAAGUGCGCCUUCGGUGUAUCUUCCGUAAAUUUCUCGGUUCAUGA